AUGCAAUAGAAUCCUUUAUAGUUAUUAUUGAGCUUAUUAGCAGCAAGAGAAGAAAUUAUAUUUAUGAUAAGAAUAAUUGGCCAUUAGAUGCAUGAGGAUUGCAGAAAUAAACUAGGAACAUUACGGGAAAUAUCAGAUGAAAUCAUGAGAGGGGAAUAAAAAAGGGAAAAUUUGGAACAUUAUUUGUUUUUAAACUUGACUGAGAGUAAUCGUAAACUAUUUCUUCCCAAGGUGAUUUAGAAAUAUAUCAAAAUAACUUAAUAUUAUUUAGUCAAAACUCAGAUAUACUUUCCAAAGUAAGGAUAAGUAAUUUGUUAGGAAGUAAUAAAUUAACCAAACUUAAGGAAUUCCAUCUCCCAAAUUCUUUAAGAAUCACUUGUAACCAUACUGAAGUUUAUUUGUAAUCUCUAAAAACAAAAGCUAAAGCACGAACUUGCUCAAAUGUUCAAUUAUGAAUUAGAGGACCGUUGUAAUAGAAAUGAAAAGUUUUAUUCUGAACCGCUUGUCCUAGGAGUAAUCGGAUUACGUUAUUUGAAUGAAUUACACAAAAAAUAUUGUUAUUCUGCAUGCAGACAUAGUAUUCGAAAUGUCUAUGAUGUUCUCCUUUUGGAUGAUAAUACUAAACAAUUAUAUCUAUAAGGAGGAGGAUUUUCAAGCCUUAUUAGUAGUAUCACAAAAUUAAAGGAUAAAUCAGUUGAUAACACAUAAUCCGUGUAUAUACCAGUGGAGAGUACUGUUGAAAUAAUUACUUAGAGAUAUGAAAAAUUAUUAAAAGAAAUUCUGGAUCAAAACUAUCAUGUUCAAAAAUCUGUAAAUAGAUAUUAUGAUUAAUACAAAAAAUAUAAAAUGAAGCCUUUGUUGAUAAAGGGUUAUGCUACUCCGAAAAAAUAGGAAACGGAUUUUAAGUCAUAACGAAUUUAAAAGAGGUCAAUCGAAUCUGGUCCCAUCUUAAGUGAUAUGGGAAGAUAUUCUGAACCAAUCAGUAGAAACCCUUUAACAUAAGACUAUUUAAAUUCAGUUAGAUCGAAACAAGCAAAGUGUAGAACAUAAAAAUAAAGCGACAUUAUUCUAAGUGGAUUUAUAUCACCUAAAUAAUAAACUAUUGUCAGAAAACAUAGAAGUUUAAAAAAUUAUGAUCCCUCAUUACUGAAGCCAACAAUCUUAUAAAAUUUUUAUGAUUCUAAUUUAAGGAUCACUCAUAGCAUUAAAAAGGCAGGAUGA